GCUGCGUGUACUUCCGGAACUUUCUGACGUUAGAUGAUGCAAAAGAAAGAACAUCAACACAGAUGUAAAGCCCAUUCCUUGUGAUUCCUAAUGAUUUUUUGGGUAAUUUAGGUGAAGAGAUUUUAAAUAUGAACGCGUCUGAAUCUUCACAAGACAACGGGCCAGGGGGAGCUACAGGCGGAUCUGAAGAAGACGGCAGGGAAUUCUUUGAGUGCAAUAUUUGUCUUGAUACAGCAAAAGACGCAGUUGUUAGCAUGUGUGGACAUUUGUUUUGUUGGCCAUGUUUACAUCAAUGGUUAGAGACCAGACCAAACCGACAAACGUGUCCUGUCUGUAAGGCUGGUAUAAGUAAGGAGAAGGUGAUUCCUAUAUACGGCAGAGGGGCCUCAGAACAAACGGACCCCAGAGAGAAAUUGCCACCCAGACCUCAGGGCCAGAGAUCAGAGCCAGAAAACAAUAGGGGGUUCCCUGGCUUUGCCUUUGGUGGUGACGGAGGUUUUCAGAUGUCCUUUGGGAUAGGAGCUUUUCCCUUUGGAAUCUUUGCAUCAACACUAAACUUCAAUGAUGGAAGACCAGGCCCAGCCCAGCCAGGAACCGCCCACCACCAAGAAGAGCAAUUCCUGUCUAAAGUCUUUUUAUGGGUAGCAAUUCUGUUUAUUUUCUGGCUCCUGAUUGCUUAGUGUGGACAUUUUUUUAAUGCAACUACUAAGUAUGUUAGAGACACUAGGGGCUGAGAGCUCUAACAUCAUACUGAUAUGUAGGUUAGUAGGUGUAUGUUUUAGAAGGAAGAACAGUUAAGUCAUCUGGCAUUACAUCACUGGUAUCUUUCUAUGCUUACAUUGUGUAGAAUACUUGUACACAGAUUUGUUUUUUAUUCUGACGGAUGAUAGGUAGAAUCUUGACAAAUGACGUACAUGUAUAUAUAAAAAAAGAAAUUAUGUUCUAUUUCAGGUAAAAGCUUUUUUCUCUUAAAAAAGUCUUAAAACUAUGCAGGCAUCUGUUCUGAUGAACUAAGUUCAAAAUUGAUAAAUAGUUUUUAGGCUUUAAAAAGGUUUCAUUAACUGAAAAUACAUUUUAAUGUAUUUUUAUAAAAAAUUGUGCAAUGAUAUGUUUUUGUUGUUAAAUAAUGUGCUGUAUGUUUUGCUUUCAUUUGUGAAUUAUUUGUCAGAAAAAUUGUAAGUUCAUGUAAUUUUGUGUAUAUCCUAGAGUUGUGAUGUAACACUGGUAGUACGUUAGAGAGAUGGUAGUCUGUAGAUCAGUGUGUUUUAAUGUGUACAGUAGAGAAGACCAUCAUUUUGUACAGUGUUCUAUGUGCAAGUGUAAGAAUGUGAGAAUUUAUUGUAUCCUUUUUUUGCAAAUGGUGAUUUUAUGAAUUAAUUGUCAUUAUGACAAUUUACUAUAGACUGGGUGUAUGAUCUAUUUUGAUCAGUUGUUUACUAUUUUUGAGAUAUUGAGCUGUUAUGUAGGAGCAGAAAAACACCACAAACUGAAUUCACACCCAAUUACAGAAUAAGGAAGAUUCUGUCUAUCUUUAAAGGUAUAUAUGUACUAUAUGGUAUUUUUUUUAUGACCAAAACUCUUUAUAUCAUUUUAUAUGUUUCAUUACAUUAAGUAAGGACAGGGCUUUAACAAUACAAUGUAUUAUAAACUGAUUUUUUUAUUUCAGAUUACAAUGAAAUAAAUUAUAAAUUAAGUAAUAUCUGUAUUUUAUUACAUUCAGAAUCCUGCUUUGAUCUGGUUCGUUUACAAAUGCACACAGAUAUGUAAAUGUAUUAUUUGUAUACUUCUUUUUAUGGGGUGUUGAGAUGGAGAUAAUAAAUUAUGCAUCAACUGAUUAACAUAAAUCUGAAAAAAAAUAAUUUACUGUUACAUGUACUGUAUGAAUUAACAUGCAUGCUCAUGAUUGAAAUACCGUAUAUGUAGAAUUUUUAGCGAGGAUUUAAUUUUGGCCUUAUUAGCGAGGGUGCUGACAUCGCUAAAAAUAAUUGCGUAUUAUUUCUAAUAGAUUCUUUAGUCAGAAUUUAAAAUCGCUAAAAUUACUUCUCGUUAAAAAUAAAAUACCAGUUCUUAGGUAGCAAUCGCUAGAUUUACGUCUCGCUAAAAUUUCCACUUAUACGGUAUACUAGUCAUGUAGCGAUUGAUAAAAGUCAGAUAUCAAAAUGACAUUGAUAAAAUUACUACCGGUAGUAUUUAUAUGUAAGAUGACAGAAGGGAUGAUGUGUAUGUUAUUUUUUCUUCAUGUCACUAUAAGAGAAUUUGUAUUUAUUGUCAUAUGUUUGUUAAAAAGGAGGAACCAUAUGAAAUGUUAAUUGUUGAUUGAAAAUCUUAAAACUGAAAAAUAAAGUAUUGAAUGUAUACUUGUCUGUGGAACCAUAUGAAAUGUUAAUUGUUGAUUGAAAAUCUUAAUAAAAACUGAAAAAUAAAACAUUGAAUGUA